AUGAGCACAGCAAGACCUCACGGCGGCGGCGACAGCGGUCAUUCCGCCUCGAUUCAGAUCGACCCUCCAGCACAGUCCGUCGUUCCUUCAGCCACUGGCACGCCUUUCCCUCUUCCCGCCCACCGCCCCAACUACAACGACGACGACGAAGACAGCGACGAAGACGGUCCACUUUUGGGCGCUUCUUCCACCACCAGAGGUGGCCCCGGUCCUCGUCAUCAUCAACUCGUUGACCAAGAUGAGACUGGACAAGGACGACGAAGCAGCGAGCGUGCUCCUUUCUUGUAUCGACUUCACGAUUGGCUCGCGGACCAUGGGACCAAACUGAAGUCGUUCUCGUCAAACCUACGAUCGGCCAAGGCGCCCUUGGCCGGAUGGCGAAAGGUCCUGAAGCGGGCUUUCACCAUCCUGGGUGUUGUCCUUCUUCUUGGCCUCUUGGGACUUUCGGGGUGGCUUUUGUAUGAUUGCGUAGCCGUGUGCAGCGUAAACGACAGCGAUUCGGUCACGUUGCAAUACUCGUUCCACCCUGACCAGUACAAGAAUUUCUACUUCCAUCUUGACCAUGACACCGUCGGAGAUAUCACUGUGAGUCAGUACAACUCGCCCUAUGGGGGGGAUGGAGGCGAUGAAGUCAUGAUCUUUGUCAACGCAAGGGGAUCCAGCGGCGAGAUUGCCCGUGCCGUCACCCUGGGCACCAUCACCAAUCCCGACGACUCUUCCCUCGAGGCCAACGUGUACAUGUCCACUGAUGAGUAUGAACGCGAAAGGGUCUUCCGCAGAGGCUGCGUUGACAUCAAUGUCCGCAUCGUCUUCCCCCAGAACAUGACCCACUUUGAUUCAUUCAAGGUCCACAACCGGAACAGGGGCGAUGUGGACGUUAACUUCGGUGCCUACGUCAACCCAGACAGCCGUAGCUUCCCUGGACAACCAGCACCUGCAGGGGCUGGUGUUGCAAUGGAUCGACUCGACGUCAAAACGAAUAACGGACGCGUCUUUUUCACAAACACGGUCGUCAAGGAGGAUUUGAAGGUCAUCGCUGCGCAGGGCUCUAUUAUUGGUCAAAUCACAGUGGACAAGCGAGUCGAAACAGAAUCAAAGGACACUCACCUAACUAUCUUCUCCACCAGCGCCGACCUGGAUCUCAAGGUGUCGUCCGAGACCUACGCCAACAUCUUGGUGUCGUCAAACUUCUCUGGACAUGUGGUACUGAAGAGCUGGACAAAUAUGAGCCAACUCUACGUGUACUCCAAAGAUAAAAGUUUCGUCCGACAGGCAAAAACCUUGCAGACCUUGACUGGUUACUUCCCGUACCCCAACGGUACCGAGCCUACAGCUUACCUUCCUCGCAUCGAAAUCAGUGGACUCCAUGCCAGCUUGAAUCGUUAA